CUGUAAAGAAUGAGAGCAGUGUGGAGCCACUUGAGUACCAUUUCCAGUUGCAAACUCUCUCCGAAAAUCAUAAGAAUUUCCGCAGCAAGAAGCUUGACCACGAAUCGUUAUCUAUCACCCAUGAUUUCUGCUGAAGAUCCAGAGCUCAGAGAUUUCUUGGGUUUCUUAGAAUCUCUCAAAAACUAUGAGAAAUCUGGUGUGCCCAAAGGAGCCGGAACUGAUUCCGGUGAAGGGUUCGAUCUCGGCAGAAUGAAACGUCUCAUGCUUCGUCUCAACAAUCCUCAUUUCAAGUACAAGGUUGUUCAUGUGGCUGGAACAAAGGGAAAAGGGUCAACUUCUGCUUUCCUCUCUAGUAUCUUACGAGCAGGAGGAUAUUCAGUUGGUUGUUAUUCUAGCCCACAUAUUCUGAGUAUCAAAGAACGCAUUUCCUGUAAUGGAGAUCCUGUUUCUGCAUCCACGCUUAAUGGUCUUUUCUACUCAAUCAAACCGAUCCUCGAUCAGUCUAUCCAAGAGGAAAAUGGUUCUUUGAGUCAUUUUGAGAUUCUCACGGGGAUCGCCUUUUCUUUAUUUGAGAAAGAAAACGUCGACAUUGCGGUUAUAGAAGCUGGGCUAGGAGGAGCUCGUGAUGCUACAAAUGUCAUUGAAAGUUCAAAUCUUGCUGCAUCAGUCAUAACAACGAUAGGUGAGGAACACAUGGCUGCACUUGGGGGCUCCUUGGAAACUAUAGCAGAGGCCAAAUCUGGAAUUAUUAAACACGGUCGUCCAGUGGUUUUAGGUGGCCCGUUUCUUCCUCACAUCGAAGGCAUUCUUCGUUCUAAAGCAGCAUCAAUGUCGUCAUCAGUUAUGUUGUCAUCUAGUAUUGGAUCAAGUUCUUCAAUCAAAGGCAUCAUCAACAAAGAUGGGAUCGGGCUUUGCCAGUCUUGUGACAUCGUAAUACAAAAUGAGAAAGAUGAUAAAUUAAUUGUUGAGCUUGGUGAUGUAAAUCUACGCAUGCUUGGACAUCACCAGCUCCAAAAUGCUGUCACUGCUACUUGUGUGGCUCUCUGUCUUCGCGACCAAGGAUGGGGGAGAGUUACAGACGAAGCUAUUCGGAUUGGUUUAGAGAAUACUCGUUUACUUGGUAGAAGUCAGUUUCUGACACCAAAAGAAGCUGAGGCUUUACAAUUACCCGGAGCAACAGUGCUUCUUGAUGGAGCUCACACCAAAGAAUCUGCACGAGCUCUUAAGGAGAUGAUAAAGAAGGAUUUUUCAGAGAAGAGACUGGUGUUUGUGGUUGCAAUGGCUAGUGACAAAGAUCAUGAUUCUUUUGCAAAAGAACUUCUCUCAGGUCUGAAACCAGAAGCAGUGGUUCUAACAGAAGCUGACAUUGGUGGAUCCAAGGUUAGAUCAACCGCGUGUUCUGUUUUGAAGGAAUCAUGGAUGAUAGCUGCUGAUGAGUUAGGUUUAGGGUUUAUGGAAGCUUCAGAAAACGAAACUGUGUUUGGUUCUUUAAAGCUUGCCCAUAAGAUUCUCACCGAUGACACAACUGGUGACUCAGGAAUGGUUGUAGUCACCGGAUCACUACACGUUGUAUCCUCAGUCUUAGCUUCUCUGCAACAUUAGAUAUCUACUUUUGUUUGUUACAUCUAUGAUUCUAUUGUAACUGCUCAGUUUCUUUGUUACAAAACCAAAAGAAUAAACAAACAUAGAUAUUCUUUUGGUUCCUCUCUUCUUCAUGA